UAUCCGACGGAAUAUCAAAGUUUAACAAUAGGAACGACUAUCCUCGUUUUUUUUGUUUGCCCAUUUUCGCUAAAACCUCUUUUUACGCGAAAUGCUAUAAAAGCAGGGCGGAAGAUUCUAUCUAUCUAGUAAUAAACCCCGGAAUAUCAAGAACCAGGAAUAUGUAUAAUAGAACUUAAAUUCGUCAGUAUAUUGACGGUAUAUUUUUUAAAUAAGAAGGUAUAUUUUGGUAUAUUUCUGAGGGUCGGACGGUAUAUUUUAACGAUAAAUCCGCGGUCACACUGAGCUCUAGUCCAUUGACGGCUUUGUUAUUGUUUAUGUUUUUGGCUGAAAAAUGGCCACGAAGCUAAAUGUGAACAUCCGCGUAAUGCUGAACAACUGCGAGGAGCUAGCCAAGAACGAGGCUAACUUCUGGCGCCUGCAAAAGUUCAUCAAAGCGCUGGACAUAAUGGUCGCCGAGCUGCAAGACAUGGACGACUCACGGAGUGCGCGCAGGAUCUCCGGGUACAAAGAGCGCCUCCAGGCCCUCAAGCUGACCACCGGCUACACGGAAAGUACGAAAAUCCAAACGAACGAGGUCGAGGCUGCAGAAGUAUCCCUGAAGGAGAUGCGGCAGAUCGAGAGCACGAAGAACUACAACCACAUGCGAAAGGAUCUACUGGAGGUAGAUGGCGACGCCCUACGGCGACGACGUGGCGUUGCCGAGGACGCCGGCGGCAGUGGCAGUCCCAGCGGCAGCUCCAAUAGUCCGGCCACCGAAGGCGACAACUUGAACGAGGCUGUCAAGUAUUACAAUCAGAAGCAGGAGAAAAUUACAGAACAUAUGCUCUCGCUGACGCGCAACCUCAAGGAGCAGACGAUGACGGCCAAUCGCAUUAUAAAACGUGACACCGAAUUGGUGACCAAAUCCUCUGGCAUGGCAGAUCGCAACAUCAAUUCGCUCGGCAAGGAGGUCGAGACCCUAGAGCAGCACUCGCGCAGUGCCUACAAAUGCUGGGCCUGGAUGCUGUUUGUCUUUGUGUUCUGUACAUUUGUAGGCAUGGUGUUUUUCAUGAAAAUCAUGAAGAAAAAGAAAACGUAGACUACGGUCUCCAAAUAAACCUAAAGUCUCAAGAAGCUUCAUGUCUUUCUAUAUAUCAAUCCGAAAAAAGCUUUAGUUCAUUCUGUUCCCCGAGCUCUUCAAGAGUUCAAAAGGUUAUCAAAAGCUCAGCAAAUGUUACCCCCAAAUGGUUUAAACAGACAAACAUUAAACGAUCGAAAGCCGCCAA